GGUGUAUUCAGCUCUCUUUUUGUCCGUUCGUUGCCGAUUUCAUCUUGAAAAUGUAUCUAAAGCGGCCCAGAACCCAGAACAUGUGAAAAGACGUUGCGCGACUGUACUGGGACUUGCCCGGAGGACUAGCAAGGACAAGAAGUCUAGUAGGCUUUGGUCGGCCAUGGCGGCAACUUUCAACUUUACCGGAAUUAUUGACCGGCUGGAAAACAAACACACAUGUGCAGACUGAAACGGAAGUUGCUCUGCCAACUGCAAAGCAGCGCCUGGAAAUCAUGUCGAAUGUACUCGAGGCAACGGGCGCGCAGACGCGGGUCUCGGACGAGCAGAUCCACACGUCGGCGUGCGGCAGCGCCAUCGAGAUCAACUACGACGAUGAGGAGAGCCACCCCGUCGUCGUCCCCUUCUUUGCAGAGUGGGCCUUCGGCAGUCGACCCGGCGGCCGCGCCCUCAACCUGUCCGUCGACGGAAAGGGCCUGCUGGCGUACUCCAGCGCCCACGCCAUCGUCUUGUACGACUACAAGUCCCACAGCCAGCGCUUGCUACUCGGACACAAAAAUAACGUGGUGGCGAUGGCCACGGACUCCUCCGGGUCCUGGCUGGUGUCGGUGGAUGGCGGCGGCAAGCUGGAGUCCAGCGCCGUCAUCGUGUGGGACCUGAGCUCCUCGUGA